AUGAAAGACAUGAAAAGGAAUUUGAAGAAGGGGACGUUUCCACCCAUUUGGAAAAAAUCCUCUCAAACACUAUCAAAGCGGAGUCGACGAUCGGUGAGUGAAAUUACAAUGUAUUUGCGCUGUGCUUAUCACCAUUAUAUUUAUUUCCCCAUUUACCUGUGACAUGAUUUUUUCUGGCAUCGUUGUUCAAUAUUCGUGUAGUGAAUGUUCUGACUAUUUGGACUUCCCAUAGUGUUGCAUGUGUUUUCAUACUUUUCUGCUUUCUUCUCGUAGUUAUAGUAAAACAGGCAUUUGCGCUGAGUGGACGUGAAGUCAAUUCCCCAAUUCCCAGACCUUUCCACUCAAGCGUAAAAUUUAGAAAAAGUGAAGCUACAUAGAAAUCCGGCUCUCUAUUUUUUGAGAGAUUAUUUGGCUGUUACUUUGAGAUUUGACAGUACUCCAAACUUCCCUCCAAGAAAUCUUACAGCAAAUUAAGAGUUACACGCGAGUCUUUUAAAACGACCAAAAAUGGACUUAGUCUGAUUUCUACAUUCUAUAAGUUCAGUUACUGUUUCCGGUUUUUUUUUCGUUUGUAUUUUAAUUCUAUUUUCACUGUCUGCAAAUGAUGCAUACAUUUUAAGGCAAAGAUGUGUUUAAACCUUGCUUCUAUUUCUAGUUUUGAAAACAUUGACAUAAAGCUCAAAUUUAAACUUAUUUUGAAGGGGAGAUAUAAAAAAUGGUCGUACCUAUUUUCAUUUUUAGCUACUAAAUGAAAUUCUGGCUGGUCAAACUACUAAUGAGGAUACAGAGGAAGAAGACAAUCCUGAAGAAGAGGUGAUCUCUUUGAAAGGAAGUUCUGCACCUGAGAAGAGUGCUGACACUAUGAGGGUUCCCAAUCUCAACCCUGAGGAGUCUCCAGAAGUCGAGGGUGUUCUGAAUACAAGUCAGGGUUCUUUGCUUGAGGUAAAUCCUGAAAAGGAGGGCUGCAUCCCUGAGACUGAGACGGGUGAGAUAAGUGUUGAGGCUGAGAUGGCUUCAGAGGUCCUAGGUACUCCUGGUGAUAAGACAGCUCUCGAGAGCCAAGGGAUUUCAGGCACUGAUGAGGUUACUGAGACCAUGCAGAUCCUGGAGGCUCAGGGAAUCGAAAAAGUGCAGGAUAUGGAUGAAGUUAUGCAGAUUGAUGAAUCAUUAACGAUUCCUGAACUUGAACAGGUUUCUAUGGUAGGCGCAUAACUCUAAUUAAUGUUUAUUUGCAUCUUUGUAUUAUCAUAACAAUGGAAAACUACAUGUGCAGUUAUUUUACAACAAUACUAGAACACAAAAAUUCUUAAGUCUUGUUAUUACAGCCUGUAUUCAUGUUGAAAGUUUGUUUUUUGUAGGAUACUCCUACUGGACAUGCUGGGAAUUGCACAACAUGCAAAACCCAGAGGAGUGAGGUGACUCAGUUAAGGGGCAAAGUCACAAGACUGAAGAGUAAGUUAAUCUCCAAUCAAGAUCAGUGGGUUGAAACCUUUAAGAGCAUACAAGAGCCGAAGCAGUUGCUGAUGGUGAAUGCUGGUGAGUCAACAACAAUUGAUGUUGAUGAGUCAUAUAGGCAUAACUGCCUGUCUUUAUAUUUUUAUUAUAUUUUAUCAAUAUUUGAUUAUUUAAUAAUAAUUAAAAUUUUAAUGGUGAUAGAAUUUAAUUCCAUUUGUUUAAGCUAGUCAAACUGAUCCAUGGCCAGUAACAAAUGAGACAGAGUUAGGGCUAGAGGGUGAAUCAGAAGAUGAACAGGAAAUGCAGGACGACGCGUAUGAGGAGUUUGAGUGUGAUGAAGACCCUACAUGGAGUCCUGAAGAAAUCAUAGAUGCAUAUAAAAAACUAAAGGAAGAUGAUGACUCGGUGAAGACUCAUCAGAACCCAAGGUACAAAGAUGCAAAAUUUAUUGCAUUUUAACAUCUUAGCUCUAAGUAUCCACUGGAAAGUGAUUUAGGCCUAAAACUAACUUCCAGUAUGAGAGGAUCUAUUUAGAAACAAGAGUACAUGAAAUUUGUGUUUUAAUUUACUCAGAUAAGAAUUGUCAAAAAAAAAAGAAGAAGAGGCAUAGCCAGCCCAUAGACUGGAAGUCUUAGGCCUAAAAAUGUUUGGUUUGUCCACUCAACCACUUGUAAUAAUUAAUUAUGCAUCGUUGGGGUGGGCUACAUAGCUUAAGGGCUCAAAGUUGUCAUGUGUGCAAUCAACAGAAUUAUUAUAAAAAAGCAUUUUUCAGGAUGUAUGUGAGAAUAAAAUCUCAACCCACAAUUAGCCAGGUUUACAACAAGUUGAAAAACUGGCAACACCAUGAGGAAAACAAUAAAAUUGAUAAUCAUUUUUUUUAUUGUUAUUUUAUUAUUUCAGAUGCUAUGAUUAAAUGAGUAUUUCCUUUCAAUCAUUUUUUACAGGUUGGAUCUACAAGGAAAAAACAUUCGAGAGGAACCGAAGGGAAUUGUUUUCCUUUCGAAACUUCUUCUUUUAUUUCAGUUCUGCCACUUGCGCUUCUUUUCAAAACCCAAACUUUCUGUAUCACAGACAGGUACCUUGUUAACCGUAGAAAGUUUCUGCAGAAACUGUAGCCAGACAAAAGUCUGGAAGAGUCAACCAGACCUGCUAGGAAAGUUUCCAGCAGGUAACCUGCUAUUAAGUUUUGCAGUGCUCUGUGAGCCGAGUGAAAAGAAAGAAACGAUACAUUAA